CUGAAUUCUUCGCUUGAUGAACUGCUGUAAUAAUCCAGCGCGAAUCCGCGAGUUCGCAGGCUCAAGCUUCUCUAGCAACGACCGACCAUGUCUUCAUGAGAUACUCAUAGUGUAUUUGGCUAAAGCAUGAUGAACGCAAUAGGGCUGGCCUCGGCUGGCCAGAGUACCCAGCUCGGCCGGCUGGUAUCCAAGCCUCGCUCUGUGGUGUAAGCUCAGGAGCUUAAUAUGGCCCUGAAGUUUAUGGAGGGACUGUGCAAGCUCUGGUGGAGCAGGCAUGGUAGUGCCAACGGCUCCGGUUCUCGUCCGCGGGCCGGCCAGGCACUCGCGGUGCUUGCGGUCCUAAGUCUCCUUGUGAGCUCAGUUAAAGCACAUUAUGAUGGGGCGAAUGGGACCCGAGUGCUGGCGUUCGACGUGGAGGACUUGCGCCUGCACCUCCUUAGCGGGCCCCCAGCUGAUGGCAGUUCGACCAGAAUUUCCAUUAUGUCCGACAUGGUCUUCACGUCUGAAAACUGGCCGGACCCGGUGCAAAUCACUCACUCGGUGACGCUGUACUCUCCUUACCGCGUGGCAUUGGACUUCUGUGGCUCCGGCCAGAAAGCGCGGCCGCUGUUCAACGUAACAGCCACUGGGAGCCUGCUACUGCUGCGCGUCUUCAUACGCAACUUCCUGCCGGCCACGCCCCAGGACCUUACGGGCCUGGGGCCAGUGCCGGCGUUCCUCAGCAGCGGCGGGCGCGUGACCAUCAACCUAAGCACGUUUCAUAUGGGCCCCGAAACGACAUGGGCCUUGACCGCCCCUGCAAACCAGAGCUUCUGGGCGCGGCAGCGUGGCAUCGCGGGCGCUGUCACCGACGUCUACUCGGGCGGGCCCAUUCAGCUCGAAACGCCGGCGCUGUACCUGCUCGAGUACUUGGGGACGGACUACGCGCUGAUCACUGGCUAUUUAGCUAUGGACCUUCGCGGCUGCUUUUCUGGCUCCCCACGAGACACGGUGCUGGUGGUGUGCCUUUACACCUUCGCCGACGCGCUCCGAAACCCAAAUGCGCGAUAUGCUAUGGUCUUCCACGACGUGGGGCUGGAUCGCUCGCUCUACAACCCACGCAAUCCCCUUCAGAUCACAGCGCCAACGGUCGUCCAGUCCUGCCCCGGCUCGCAUCCCUCCAUCAAUCUGGACUUCAUCACGACCGGCAUCGCGGUCCGCACAAAGCUAGAGUUCCGGGGUAUCCGCUUUCGCGGCACGCAGCCAACCAACUUCACAACCUGGCCGCCGGGCGUGUCGCUGCUUCUGUGCAUGUUUGACGUUUUCGACGGCGGCAUGGUGAGCCUGGUCAACAGCACCGUGGAGCUGCAGAACCUGCCGGCCGCGGUGCGCAUCCUCAAGGCGCUGCCGGCAGGCACGUCCAUGGACGCCUCACGACCCAACCUGCAGCCGAGUGUGGUGUCCUGGCCCUCGGCCAGUGAAUUGGCACGGGCGCAGACGAUUGUGUCCACCCCGCGCACUGUCGGGGAGGGCGGCGCGGUCCUGACGGCCUGGUCCGACACGCCCUUUCCCCUGGCGGCCGCGGCCGGAAGCGUCGCGGUGGCUGCCAGCAGCCUGACAGCCACCCCGUCCACCCCCACCACCUCGCCGCCCAGCUUUGAGAUAACGCAAUGGCUGCUGUCGAUGAACGCCUGGACCCAGUACUCGUCCGGAAACGUGGACGCUGGGUUCGCGGGAUCCGAGCCGAGCUCGGCCGCCUGGAGCUUCGAGCACGUGCACGUGGAGCAGGCGGACGUGGCAAACGUCUACGCGCUGUGCUUUGGCGCGCCGCUCGAGCAGGGCAUCAUUUUCCGGAGUCAGGUGGCUGUGGUGGCUACGGACGUGCAGCUGCGUGCGGCUCUGGCUCGCGCGGCUCGCUACAUCCAGGUAGUGUCCGACAUCAAGUUGGACCCCGCCAACUGGCCCUCCGGCGACAACGCGCUGCUGGUGGAGGCCGGCAUCAUCGAGGUUCGCGGCUGCCACCCGCUGCCCGGAAAGAGGUACACCAUCGACCUCAGCAACCUACGAGGCGUGGUGCGCAUCGCUGGUCGGCUGAUUGUUGAGGGCGACCUGCGCUUUACCAACCUGGGCUGGCGCACGCUCCCGGCCUCGGACGUGCUGGCAAUCGCGAGCGGAUCGGUGGGCCUUCCCUUAAUGAGCGCCUUCCAGCUUGUGCCCAACCGGGCGGGCUCAACCGGGGCCAUGGACAUGGAGCGUGUGACGCUCGAGGAGCUGCUGGAUUCUACCUCAGCCGGGCUGCGCCCCUCGGACAUGCUCACCGUGCUGCACCUCACCCACCUAACGCCCGCGCUGCGCCUGCGCAACGCAACGCUGCUGCCGGGCGACGGCGGCGUGUCGAUGGGCGUGUGGGCAGUCCAGGAGGAUGCUGGAUACACGUGGACAUUCGUCGCGGCCAAGGUACAAUGGACGCCGCAGGCAACAGAUGCAGAUACCUGGGAUCUCACAGCGCCGCCGGACGGCGGCAGCGGGAGUGGCAGCGUUCCGGUCGCGGCCAUUGCCGUACCCGCCGCAGUGGGUGGCGCGCUGCUGGUAGCCGUGGCGGUGCUGACGGUGCUCUUUGUGAGGCUGCGGCACAGCAAGCGCAAUGGCGGGGACCGUGCGGCGGACGGGGAAGCCAAAGGGCUGGGCGGCAACGGUGCCGCAGCGAUGUCAGUCAGCAAGGUUGGCGCCUGUCAUGCGGCCCGCAAGGACAGGGGCAAGGAGGAAGCUGCCAGCGGCUCUUCCGCGGGCAGCGACACAAUAAACACCAUCCCGGGUUCGCCGCAUGGUGCAGUCGCGGGCACGGGCGCCGGCAGCGGGUACCAGCCGGGCGCGGUGUCUGGCGGCUCUUCUGCUGCUGCUGCUGCUGCGGGCAUACUCGCUGCAGCCGCCGGCGGAAACACCAACAGCGGGGUGCCCGGCGGCGGCCGUCCCGCGUCCGGCUCGCGUUCCAUGUUGGAGCUCUCUCUGGCGGUGACGGCAGGGUGGGGUGCCGGUGCAGCUGUCGCACUACCUGUGAAUGCAGCGGCCGUGGAUGCAGCUCGGCCGGGACAGGGCCCAGACGGCCGCCACGUGUCAAAUGUGCAGGAGGCGUCUUCCGCCACAGGAGCGCCUAACCUGCCGCCUUCCAAACGGCUGACACCGAGCGCGGCGCGCUCCGGGUUGGCUGCAGGGGGAACAGCCGGCAUGGCCUCCGAUGCGCCAACCAUUGCCAUAAUUGGAGCAAAGGUCGGGCUGAGCGCGGGCAUCAGCGCGCGUGGCGGCGUGGCGUCCGUGACGCAGGAAGCCCUAAUGCUUGCCAAUACCAGCUCCGGGGGGCCGCGCGAUCGCGCUGCGGUACCGGGUCCGCUAGAGGGCAUCGACGCUGCCAAGCGUGCCAUCCAGGCCGGCCGGCCGGUUUUGGCCACUGAGCGGAACUCGCUGGACGACCUCGAGUUGAUGUCUGUACUGGGCGAGGGCAGCUAUGGCCGCGUGUACCGUGCGCUGUGGCGCGGCACCACCGUGGCCGUCAAGGUCAUCCUGCUGCCGGCGCACAUGAGCGGCCGCGAGCGCCACGAGCGCAUGGCGGUGAUGGAGGCAGCUAUCAGCAGCAGCCUCAGCCAUCCCAAUGUGGUGCAGACUUACACAUACACGGUGGAGGAGGUGCAAGGAGCCAAGGCCCGGGCGGCGGCGGCAAAACGCCUUAAGACCUCACUUGGCUCCGAGACCGGCGGCGCCGACGGUCUCCAGGGCUCGGGCACGUACAGCGAGGGCGGGCCCAACCCCGGCCUGUCGGGCUUACAGCUAGGUGACGGCAGCGCCACCGCCCAAACACAUGGUGCGCCGUCACACCACGAGCAGGACCUCAUCGGCUAUGAGAUCCGGCUGGUGCAGGAGUUCUGCGACCAGGGCAGUCUGCGCGACAAGCUCAAUGCCAAGGCGCUCUUCAAGCCUGUGCUGCCUCCUGGCCUACAAGCCGCGACGGCCAUCAACAGUGGCGCGACGGGCGGGAACCUUGCGGCGCCGUCCACCAACACGGCCAUGGUUGCCGGCCUUGCCUUGGCCCGGGCGUCCCGCAGCUACGCGAACAGCCCCGCCCUCGGCCCUGCAGCCAUGGGGCACACCACGGCCCCGGGGGCGGUGGACCUAGUUGCGCCCAUGAUGGGGCCGCAGUCUGGAUCCCUGUGUGGGGCCAGCGCCGCUAUUGCAACUGCACCGACGGCUGCAGCCGGUCCCGAUGGUGCUGGCCCAGCCAUUCCGAACAUGGCUAGCCUGCAACGGCUGGGCGGCACGCCGCACAUGCAGGCCAUGGCGACGGCGGGAGCGACGGGCCCCUUGCAGCCGCGUCCGCCGUCACUGCAGCAGGUACAGCUGCGCCCUGCCACCAACAGCAACCUUGAUGCCAGCGGCGGGGGCCCGGUUGGCUCCAGCAGUUUGCCGCAGUCCGCGCCCCUGGUGGUAGACCUGGCCGCGGUGCUUGACACCGCCAUCGACAUUGCGCGCGCCGUGGCGCACCUGCACCGCGAGGGUAUCGUGCACGCGGACCUCAAGCCGCGCAACGUGCUGCUCAAGGGCUCCACACACGACCCCCGAGGAUUCGUGGCCAAGGUGGCUGACUUCGGUCUGUCCAUGCGGCUAGACCACGACGAGACGCAUAUCAGCAACGCCUUUCACGGGACGCUCGCAUACAUGGCGCCAGAGACGCUGCUUCACGGGCACGUGUCGCGUGCCAGUGACGUCUACAGCUUCGGCAUCCUGCUGUACGAGCUGUACAGCGGCGAGACGGCGUACAAGGACGUGCCCAAGGCGCUGCUGGGGCAUGCCAUCACCAAGGACAACCUGCGGCCCGUGUUCCCGCCGGCCCUGGGCGCGCCCUUCGAGUACCAGCUGCUAGCAUGUCGCUGCUGGGAGAGCAACCCGGAGAUACGGCCCGAAUUUGACUUCAUUGUUGACGAGCUCAAGCGGUUGCGCUGCCGACUGUGUGAGCCGACGGACGACGCAAGCAACACCCGGGGCGUGUGGAGUAGCAUGGGCCAAGGAGCGGGGGCCAGCCUGGCGCCGGGCGUAUUCGCGCUGCCGGAGCAGUGGCCCGCGCCGGCCAGCUCGCGUCUGCCUGCGAUUGCGGGUGUCACCGCCGGCUGUCUGCUGCCGAGCAGCUCCGAGUCAUGCAGCAGCAGCGGCGACGACGACGACGACCAUGACGAGGAUGACGACGACGGCUCCGUGACGAUGAGCGCGGCGGCCUCGGUUGUGGUCAACGCUGGGCCAACACCCAACUGCAGCGGCGGAGGACCUGCGCAUGCCACUCUGGCGGCCACAGUUCUGGCCAACGCCCAAGUGGCCGUUGCAGCCCAACCCAGCUGGGGCGACGUUCGGGACCGGCGGCAGGCCCCGGGGCUGACCGGCGGAGGCGUGCCUGGUUCUAGCAGCCUUAGCGUGAGCAUCGGUGCGCCGACGUUCGCACCGUCAACUCUGCGCCGCAACACUUCGCCACGCCACCAGCAGCACCAGCAACAGUACUUGGGCAACCCAUUGUCUGGGGCGCAGCUGCUGGGGCCAGGAGCUAGUGGCCACGCGAGCGGCGCCAACUCGCGCCAGCUGUCGAAGCCCGUUGAGUUCGAGGUGGUGGCAGAGGAAAGGAAUGAAGACAUCCCAUGGUCUUUGUGAGUGAGGCGGCAGGGACGGAGGUGUGGACACGCGUGUCGAUGUUGUGCCGCACCGGCAACGGCUGGUUACUCUCACAGCCCAACUGGCAGACACUUUGUUUGGAUAUCGGUGUACAACAUUGCAACGCGGUGCGAUGACUUAAACAUACGCGAGGAGAUGGGCUGAAGUUGCACUGUUUUCCUCCACAAGGAGAGCCAUAGUGGCCUAUUGAUCGCAAGUACGGUAGGCGGCAGGUCGAAAUCGGCCAAAGCGAGCAGUGAUCUCGCGCAGCCGAUUUUCUGCCUUGACAGGGCAAUUGUCUUCCACAAGGUAUGAAGAGGUAAGCGUGGAGGUCUCUCGCACGGGGUGGGGGUAGCGCAAUAUAGUCUGGUGCCUCAUGGGGCCAUGUUUACUUACUAUUGGCGUUGCGAUUUCUGCAGCGAGUACGUGCGAACGGCAGCCUCGUUUUAGCCUGCGCGUUGCAAUGUCUGUUGGCUAGCUACACGGUCACCAUCCCCAGUGCAUGAAUGAAUCGAUCAGCACUGUACGCCUAGCGACGCUCGGACUGCCUUCAUGCGUGAGAUGCGGUAGUGGGCUUGUAUUGGGUCUACAUGGGGCUUAGCGGGGCUGUGGGAAGGUUGUGCAGGUUGGCGCGGGGGAUCAUCAUGGGGAAGCAUGCCGUCUUGCAUGCGAGAGGCCGCCAAAGGGUGCAGGGCAACUAUGAAUGCGACACUACACAAGGGACAGUCCCCACCAAUCAAGGUGCAACCAUGCCGCAAACGAAGUAACACGGCCCCAUCGGCUGUCGCAGUGUUUGUUCGACGGCGCCUGGCGAAUAGGUAUAUCGGGGCUGUGUAUGCGUGUGUCUUGUUGAAGGGACACAGUGAACAAGAAAGGCGGUCCCCGCAUGGCUAGUGGGCUGAGCCCAGUAAGACAUCGUGUCGCAGAGGUGCAGGUCGUACAGCCUCCUGAUGUACGCUUAAUCAAGAUA